AGUCAUGUCCACCCUGCCUGUUCCCUUUUGAUGGAGCCGCGGAUGGAAAGACACUAUGUUUCCUUGUCAUGUAAGCGCCUGGCCCUCGACUGAACCCGUCUCCUCAUGUGGCAGCCAUGCGGUGCCCCCCCAGGCCCCUCAGCCCUCCCAGCCUCUGCCUGACCUACUGUGCAGCUGCCCUGCUCCUGCAGUUGAAGCCCACUCCCUCACACCACCUCCGGACCCCAUGGAGUCCCUCAUUGUGGUCACGGAGUAUGAGCCCAGCCGGGUCCCUGGUGCAGCCGGAGACCAAGAGGUAGAGGAAAUGGACAGCUCGGAGCCCCCUGAGCCCGGAGCACCUCCACGGGCCUCCUCCUGUGACCUGCUGUCCCACACAGUUGGCCGACCUGAGGCUUUGCUUCCAGAGAGCCAGGAGCAGAGGGGGAGACUGAGCCUGUCGGACAGGAAGUUUUCCCUGCAGGAGCGCUCUCAAACGGCAUCGUCACCUUGCAGCUCGCCUGGACUAAACGGUCGCUAUAUUUACCCCUCUCUGCCCUACUCGCCAAUAACUUCCCCACACUCCUCUCCACGGCUCCCCCGUAGGCCCACAGUGGAGUCGCACAGUGUUUCCAUCACAGACUUACAGGACUGUGUUCAGCUCAACCAGUACAAGCUAAAAGAUGAGAUUGGAAAGGGCUCCUAUGGUGUUGUCAAACUGGCGUACAAUGAAGAUGAUAACACGUACUAUGCGAUGAAGGUGCUGUCCAAGAGGAGGCUGAUGAGACAGGCAGGUUUCCCACGAAGACCACCCCCUCGUGGAGCCAAAGGGGCACCUGAGGGCACACCCCAACCCAAAGGACCUUUGGAGAGAGUCUAUCAAGAGAUUGCCAUCUUAAAAAAGCUAGACCAUCCCAAUGUUGUCAAACUUGUGGAAGUUUUGGAUGACCCCAGUGAGGACCAUCUGUACAUGGUGUUUGAGCUAGUUAAGAAGGGGGCUGUGAUGGAGGUGCCAACAGAUAAACCUCUGAGUGAAGACCAGGCGCGCUUUUACUUCCAGGAUCUGCUCAGGGGAAUCGAGUACUUGCAUUACCAGAGGAUUAUCCACCGAGACGUCAAACCCUCAAACCUGUUAGUUGGAGAAGAUGGACACAUUAAAAUAGCAGACUUUGGCGUCAGUAACCAGUUCGAGGGCACCGAUGCGCUCCUGACCAGUACAGUGGGAACGCCGGCUUUCCUUGCUCCUGAAGCUCUCUCAGAGACCAGAAAGAAUUUCUCAGGAAAGGCAUUGGACGUGUGGGCGAUGGGAAUCACGCUUUACUGCUUUGUCUUUGGAGUGUGUCCGUUUAUGGAUGAGCGUAUUCUCAGUCUUCAUCAAAAAAUAAAAACACAACCAGUGGAACUACCUGAAAAUGCUGAGAUAUCUGAUGACCUAAAAGAUCUGCUUCUCAAAAUGUUAGACAAGAAUCCAGAGACAAGGAUAACAAUUCCACAAAUUAAGGUGCACCCUUGGGUGACCAGACAUGGGGCAGAGCCUCUACCUCCUGAAGAUGAUAACUGCUGUAUGCUGAUUGAAGUGACUGAAGAGGAAGUGGAGAAUUCAGUGAAGCAUAUUCCCAGCCUGGCUACCGUGAUUCUUGUGAGAACUAUGCUGAGAAAGCGCUCCUUUGGGAACCCCUUUGAUUGGAGUCGUAAAGAAGAGCGCAGUAGUUUGUGUGCUCCGGGACAGACUCUAAUGAAACAAGAAAGCAGCGAUGGCAUGAAGAGUUUGGAGCUGCCCUACGUGGGAGAGGAUGAGGUUCUUUCCUGAUGAGCACUGCUAUCAGCCUGUAACUACACAGAACAACACCCCUUUACGUUCACUUUGACACUGGUGGACCACCCUACACAGGAGGUGGACAGGGCCAAGGCCCAAGUUUAACAGUGAAAGCACUUUGACGACCUUCUUAGAGCUGUGUUUCUAUAAACUUCUGGAUCGUGCUUGACAGACUAUGAAACAUCACUUAAGGAGGGCUCUUGGACUUUCUUAAGCCCCUUCUGUGGAUCCACUCUCCUUGCCGUACCCUGCAUGCACUUCUAGUACUAGCAUGCUUCGUCUCAGGCUUCUACUGUACAGUUUUCAUCUUGUAGUCUAGCUCCUUGUGUUGCUCCUCGUCUUUACUUGACACACUUUCAGGGAACCGGGGCCCGGUAGGAGCAGGUAGUGAUGGGUGAGAGUGCAUCACUAACACUGACUGCUCUUGGCUCUUAAAACGAUUGUGUUGUUAACUGUCAUUCAGAGUGGCACUGCCUGACCAGACUUCUGAUGAUGUUUUGUACAGUUUUUCCCCAAAAAUGCAGGGAAGUAACAAAAUGUUUACUUGCAUGUGUUUACUUUCCCAAAAUGCACAAUAUAAGCUACUUGCAACCAUCUAACGGCAUCACAUUUCUAUCCAGUUUGCUUUGUCCACUCAAUUCUAAAAAUAAUAGAAUGCUUUAUCUUAAAACGACAUUGUCACCAUUCUCUUAACAACAUUUUAAAGACCUGCAUUUAUAUUUAUCUUUUACAGUAUAUAUACAAUGUUAUGUAAUAGAAUGUGUCAGUGCAAAUAUAACUUGUAGCCAAUUGUUUGUGUUAUUUGUUAAGUUUCCAAAUACAUCCAGGCUGUGUGAUAACAGGGAACAGGAAAGUCUGUUUCACAUUUAACCACUUUUUGAAAUUGUUCUUAGUUUAGUUGAGCUAUUUUUAAUAAGGUACCAAGUCAAGCGCACAUUUUUAGAACACCAAAAACUUUAUUUGUGAAUACUUUUGUAAAGUGUAACCAAGACAAACCUUUAAUGAUUUUAGGCAUAGAGCAGGCUAAGCAUGUUUGAGGGAAGCAUAGUGCAGCUGCAGACUUUGUACAGAUCUAUGCAUGACAUAUCAGCGAAGUGUUGUGAACUGUCGUCACCUUUGGUUGUAGGUGUGAGCCACUCUGAGAAUACUGUAAUUAUUUUUUUUAAUUUAUUAUUAGUGUUUGUGUUGAUCCCCACAUCAGACCAGAGUUUCAUCUUUUUUUUUCGUUUUUCUUUUCUUUACUACCUGUACAUAAAACAACAUAAUUAACAAAUGCUUCCAUGUCAGAUACAUCAGCACAUCAUGUGUUGAAUGUAGAAGAGAAGGGACUUUUAUUUUGUAUCUCACCACAUACAUGCAUGUUACUCCUACUGAUGAAAAGGUUGCUUGACUUUUUAAGACUAGUUCUAUGCAUAAGAUGUGUCUUUUUCUGUCUGGUGCAAGUAUACAUUCUGUAGGAUUGUCAAGUUCACUCAAGGAGGGAUGUAAUUGUAUUUUUUUUCUUUUAACCAAAUAUUUCUUCUGAAAGCACUUGCUAAGUAGGGCUUUUUGUGGGCAGAAUAUUUAGCACUGAUUUUCCAUAAAAGAUACUGUACUGUACUUUGUCAUACAAAUCUCCAUUUUGAAUUAUUGUGUUUUUAAAAAAACAAAAAGCCGCUUGAGCUACAAAGCAAUUGUGUUCUAAGACUGUAAUUAUAUUUCUUUUUUGUCAAUACACUUGCUGUUAUCUUAUAAAGUUAGCAUAAACAAUGUUUUGAAAUGUCACUGAUUAGGGGCUAAAAUCGUUAACAGGAUGAGCCUGUAUACAAUAACUGAACUUGUAGGUUAAGGAGCCACUUUCCUCUAUUUGCAUGCCAGUAUAAGCACAUAAUGUAUAUCCAGCAUGAAAGUUUUUUCAGUGGCAAAAAUGACCUCACUUACUGCUCUAUAAAAACUGUAUCCGGUUAAUCAUUUGAAUAAAAAAGACACUGCCUUUCGUCUUCAAUGGAC